UCCUGCAUCAGCUUCUGUCGCGCCACCCUUGUGUCGUGUCUGUCAGCUAGCCGCUACUUUCUUUAAACAGCCCGAAUGAAUAUAUGAAGCGUCUGUCAGGGCAGUGACAUUAAACACACACUUCAUGGGGAAAUAAACCGAAUUCAUUACAGAAACUGCAGUGGAACGACUUGCUCGUGUGAAGAUAACUGUUUCAAACGCCGCUGUUUACAUUUAUGCAAAGUUUCCUAAAAAGGGUUGUUUAUGUCUUGAUCAUAUUUCUAUAGCAACAAACUGGUUUUCUCAUUUCACUGUUUUACUCCAGACCUCUCAGGAGAGACCAUCCGUGAAUAAUCUGCUCCACCUUUGACUGUUGGGGAUGUGACCCUCUCUCACAUUAUGAUCCCAGCCACUCGUGUGAUCAUGGCCAUCCACCCCACCCUGGUAUUGCUGCCCAUUCUUGGGUUCCUUGUGCUUCCAUGUGAGUCCAUAGAUUCGGACAACGGCUUCCGGAUAGUUUCUAAUAUGACUGUGGAAAAUCCAUUGAAUUGUGACAAGGCAUUGUGUCAACUUCCUGAUUUGUGUACAAACGCCGUUUAUGAUGAAGACACAUCUCGUUGUUAUCUGAUCAGCUGCCCAGAGAACCUCUGUAAAAAUGCCACAAAGAUCAAAGACAUGUUAGCAAAACAAGAAUCUUUCCUUGUGGAAACUGAGCUUUCCCAUCAUUCCUCUGGAAACAACUCCUCCCUGCCUUCUCAAGACGGUUCCUCUGCAAACGGCAGACAACAAUUUAGACCUACCGUUAACAUCUCUAGCACUUCCAGUCCAACAAACCCGCCUGGUUUUCUUAACGGAUCAACAGUUUCUACCAAACCACAGACAACUCCAUCAAAGCAAGCUGCUGGAUCUAAGGAGAUCGCAGGAGGAGUUAUUCCUACAGCAAUUCCUACAAUAACAACAACACCAACUAACACAUCCACUUCUACAACCACGACUACAGCAACCACAACUAAACCCACGACAACAUCCACCAGCACAUCCGUCACCACAACAGUUGCACAAACCACAAUUCCACAACAACCUUCCCCACCUUCACCGUCAGGGGCCGAAACAUCCACCAGCAUCUCACCAUCAGUGCCUACAACACCUCCAUCCAUCCCUUCCUCAAAACCAGUGCAACCUUCUCCAGUAGCAACAUCCACAAAGCCAUCACCAACCACAGCAAAAACCUCAACACGUCCAUUAGUCGUGCCAUCCACACCGCCUAAAGACAAUGGGGACCAAAGUAGGACUGACCAAGCCAAGGUGGAGGUGGCCGGUGACCCUCUCACCAUUCACCUGUUGAACACCAGCUCUCUGCUUGCUGUGCUAAUGUUCGGCCUUCUGUUCUUUGUGGUCACAGUUGCGUUGUUUCUCAAGCAAGGUUACGAGAGCUACAGGCGAAAGGAUUACACUCAGGUCGACUAUCUUAUCAAUGGGAUGUACUCCGAUUCAGGGGUCUGAGGAGAUGGGUUACGUUUCGUUGGAAGAUUUUGACUUUUCCGGGGUUUGCUAGCUGCUCCUCAUGCUCAAAGUGGUAGCACUUACAUUUCAAAAGCCCUGUGCAACUUUCAUUCUUAUAAAAGGGGUCGUUCACCCAAAAAUGAAAAAUCCUUCCUCAUUUACUCAUCCUCAUGUCAUUCCAAACCUGUAUGACUUAGUUUCUUCUGCAGAACACAAAAGAAGAUAUUUUGAAGAACGUUGGUUCCAUUGACUUCCUCAGAAUAUCUUCUCAUGUGUUCAACAGAAAAAAAGUGUCAUGACAUGAGGGUGAAUAAAUGACAAAAUUUUCAUUUUUGGUGAACUGUCCCUUUAAGGAAAUCUUACUGGUGCUCAAAUACUAAAUGUAUUGAGUUAGUUAGUAUGACGAGUGUUUUCUUUCUAUGCAGAUUUAGCUUCCUCGUAAUUCUGGAAAGAUGGGGUGAAGCCUUAGCGUGAAUUUAACCCAUAACCUAUGUUCAACGAAUGUUAUAAAGGAAUUCAUAGUGCAAUAUUUGGAAAUGUUUGACUUGUUUUGCCAUUUAUGUGUUUUGUAACAGUGUUUCAUAAGCAGUUAAAAGGUUCUCUGCAAUAAUUGCCUUUUUUAUGUUUGACUGAAUUGUCCGGGAACAUUCAAAGAAUUGUUUAAAAAUUAUUGUCUUUUGAUCGUCAGUGUUUUUCUUGUGUGAGGAACCAAUGCCAAACCAGGAAUUGCGGCACAGAAGCACAUUGUCAAGCCAAGGGAAUAAAUUAGCCAUUGUGUAUUUAGUGUCUGGAACAAAGAAAAGAUUAUGAUAUUACUGUACGAGAUCUAAGGAAGGCAAGAAGAAUGAUAGUUUGAUAUGUGCCAAAUUGAUUUUGUAAGUCUUAAUAGCUGCAUUGUAUGAAAAGAUAUAUAAUAAAGAAAAGAUACUUUGC